AUGUCAACUUUUUUACCUGACGUUGCUACUAUGAAGCACGUUGAGACAUUUGCUUGUCUUUCAGACGGUAUCAUUCAUGACGCGGCAAUACCAUCUCUUAAGGAGGUUGUCAAUGGAGCAUUAACAGAAGAAGAGCUUGAAGUGUAUACAAAGAGAUUAUCGAGACCCUCACAGAUCCCUGAGUUUAAAAAUGCCGUUUUGGAAAUCAUCAACCACAACACAACUCAAGCGACCCAGUUAUUCAUUAUUUUGAUGACCGCAUUGGACUCGAGAAUCUUGGCACCAACCUUAACAAACUCGAUAACUCUAGUCAAGGAUAUGGAUUUGAAGCAACGUGAAGCCUUGAUUGCUUCUUUGCGUGAUUCUCCCAUUUCGGCUAAAAGAAAGUUGUUUAGAUUGGUAUGCUCAUUGACUUUAAAAGUUUUUGCUUCCCUUGGAGAUGAGUUGCACAAUAAAGCCAUCCAUUACCCUGGUAAAUCUGUACGUGAAAGCGCUUAUGAUGGUCAUGUUGUUGAUCCCUUUAGGUACGAAUUUGUUUCCAAACCACAAUUUGACGGCGCUGAAUUGUAUCUUCCUGAUAUUGAUGUGAUUAUUAUUGGCUCUGGUGCUGGUGCUGGUGUCGUUGCACAUACGUUGGCCAACGACGGCUUUAAAUCAUUGAUUUUGGAGAAGGGAAAGUAUUUUCUGCCUCAAGAAUAUGUAUUUGAUGACUGCGAAGGUAUGCAAGAAUUGUAUCAAAGCGAGGGGGUUGUGACCACGACCAACUCUCAAUUGUUUAUUUUGGCAGGCUCAACUUUUGGUGGUGGUACAACAGUUAAUUGGUCUGCAUGCUUAAAGACUCCCUUUAAAGUGAGAAAAGAAUGGUACGACGAUUACGGUUUAGACUUUGCUGCAACAGACACAUAUGACAAAUGCCAGGAUUAUGUUUGGAAGCAAAUGGGUGCGUCAACAGAAGGUAUUACGCAUUCAUUGGCCAAUGAAGUUGUAAUUGAAGGUGGUAAGAAGUUGGGCUACAAAAGCAAAGAAAUUGACCAAAAUAGCGGUGGUCAUCCUCACCAUCCAUGUGGAUUUUGCUUUUUGGGUUGCAGAUAUGGAAUCAAACAAGGAUCAGCUGUCAAUUGGUUUAGAGAUGCUGCUGCACGUGGUUCCAAAUUUAUGCAACAGGUUAGAGUCUUGCAAAUCAUCCACAAGAAUGGUGUUGCAACGGGUCUCUUGUGUCAAGAUGAAGAAACAGGAACAAAGUUCAAGAUUACAGGGCCAAAAAAAUUUGUUGUAUCUGCUGGCUCAUUAAAUACACCCGUUGUGUUGCAAAACUCUGGUUUUAAAAACAAGCAUAUCGGAAAGAAUUUGACUUUGCAUCCAGUUACAACAGUUUUUGGAGAUUUUGGUCAAGAUGUUCAAGCUAACCACAGUGACAAAUCCAUCAUGACAUCUGUUUGCACACAAGUUGAUGACUUGGAUGGAAAGGCUCACGGUGCAAAGAUUGAAACGAUUUUAAAUACCCCUGCUAUCCAAGCAGCGUUCUUACCAUGGCGUGGUAGUGAUGAAACAAGAAAGGACUUGUUACGCUACAAUCAAAUGUGUGCAAUGUUGCUUAUUACUCGUGACACCUCUACUGGCUCAGUUAAAGUCGAUCCAAAUAGACCAGAGUCAUUAUACGUUGACUAUACUGUUAGCAAGUUUGACAAGAAUGCGUUAUUGCAGGCAAUGCUCAUUACUUCAGACAUGCUUUACAUCGAAGGAGCCAAGAGAAUAUUAAGUCCACAACCUUGGGUUCCAGUUUUUGAGUCUGACACUCCAAAGGAGAAGAGAUCCAUUAAGGAUCAAGAUUAUGUUGAAUGGAGGGCGAAAGUUGCAAAGAUUCCACUUGAUGAUUACGGAACUCCUUAUGGAAGUGCACAUCAAAUGUCAAGCUGUAGAAUGUCAGGCAAGGGUCCCAAAUAUGGUGCAUGUGAUACAAAGGGUCGUUUAUUUGAAGCCUCGAAUAUUUACAUCGCCGAUGCUAGUUGCUUGCCAACUGCAAGUGGUGCAAACCCAAUGAUAACCACAAUGGCUAUUUCAAGACAUGUUGCAUUAGAGUUGUGCAACGCUUUAAAGACCAAACCAAAAUUGUAG